AUGGGCUGUGCGGUUUGUCGUCCGGGGCAUGAUUUGCCCUACGCGAAGCCGUCGCGCGCGCCGCCGGAUCCGUCGCUUUUCCCGAAUUACCUCCAAAACGAGAAGGGUUUGUGGCUGCGUUCGACGGAAUGGUGGCCACGCACGGAGGUUCAGGCAACGGUGUUUAUUGUUUCUGGCCUCGGCGAGCACGCGAAUCGCUACGAUUCCAUCGCGCGGCGUCUUAACGAGGAGGGGUUCGCCUGCUUCUCCGUUGAUAACCAGGGCGCGGGCGGGAGUGAGGGGCUCCGACUCUACGUCGAGCGCUUCUCGCAUUUCGUAGAUAACAUUCUGCUCUACGUGCGGCAUAUCCACGAAAGGUAUCCAGAGCUCCGGGAGACCCCGCAGAUCCUCCUCGGGCAUUCGAUGGGGGGGCUGAUCUCCUUCCUCGUCGCGCUGCGCGAGCCGAAGCUUUUCAAGGCCACCGUGCUCAGCGGCCCGGCCUUUGCGGCGGUCGACAGUCCGUCUCCAGGGAGUUGCAAGCGGAAGAUGCUCGAUUUUCUAUCCAGAACGAUCCCGAAGUUGGAAAUCGCGAAACUGAACGCGGAGCUUGUGAGCUAUAAUAAACCGGUUGUGGAGUUGGUGAGGCAGGAUCCAUAUUACACAAACGUCAAGCUGCGCGCGCGCUUCCUGGCGGAGUUUUUAGAGGCCCAAGAAUUCGCCCUUGCGGAGGUGAAGCGUCUGAAAACCCCCUUCCCGCUUCUAAUCGUGUUUGGGGAGGACGAUAAGCUAUGCAAUCUGGAGCGUGCACGUGAAAUUUUCAGACUUUUCCCAUCCGAAACUAAAGAGAUGCGCACCUAUCCUUACGCCGGACAUGAGGUGCUCACAGAGGUGGAUCGGGAGGCUAUACUGAAUGAUGUAGUUACCUUCAUCAAGAAGCAUUACCGGGAGUCGUAA